AUGGCCACGGAACUGAACCAAAAAUGUGAGAAUGUGUGUAUACAUAAAUGGUCCCUGAAAAUUGUAGUUGUUAAAUGUGACCAUCUUGAGCCGCCACCGAACGCAGUCCUUCUGUCGCCUCCUCGGACAAACUAUCAUCGUGGCGAUGUGCUCCUUUUCGGUUGCCUUCCGAAUCACAUACUCACCGGUGGGGACUUCGUGGUUUGUCAAGCAAAUGGCAAAUGGACCGAUUUUAUCACAAAAUGUGAUCCCUUUUGUCGACAUCCGGGUGUGCCUGUGCACGGUGCGUCCACAUCACCUCCCAAAGACUACUAUCUCGUAGGCGAGAAAAUCGUCUUCUAUUGCCCGUCACAUGAAUAUAAGCUGAAUGCUGAAAACGUUCUGACGUGUAUUGGCGCCGGCAAAUGGUCUCGAAAGGUCCCGCUCUGUGUGCUUGACAAAAGGAACUAG